CGUUGUAAAAUGACAAUUGAUAAAUAGUAAUGUCCAAAGUUGUUUGAAUUUGAAAGUUGAAACUCAAAAAGUGUUUUAAAAUUAAACAGAAAACGUGUAUUUCCUUAUUCUAAAAAGGAUCGAAAGUGAUAAUUUAUCCUGUCCGACGUAGAUCUAUGAAAGACGAUUAAAAAAUUAAGCAAUUUGUUUAUAAAAUGUAAACAUUAAUCGCCUACCAGUAAAAAACAUUUACUUGUACAACAUUUGAAUUUUUAGGACAUGCUUUUAUCGUCUCGCAGCAAUAUGUAUCAUGCUUUAGUAAUAUGCAUUUUUAUUAAAUGUAUUACUUGUGAUCCUCAAGUUGGACCAGAUCCAUGGGAUGACGUUAAUGUAAAUAAGAAUAUUUUAGAGGAUGACGACUUACCACUAGAUUUAAAAAUACCUAAACAAAUAGCAAAAAUUAAACCUGAACCGAACCAAUGCAUGAGUGAUUGGUUUUAUAAGCGAUUACUUGCAAUAAUUUUAAAAGGUGGACAGAGGAAGGAAAAUGAAGAUGAUACAAUAGAUGUAUCUCUACAAAUGAAAUUCACUCUAGAGCAAUUUAAUAGCCUUGAUGAAUACAUUUUAUCUAACAAUGCUCUUUCUGAAAAUAUGUUAAGGAGAUCCAUAGGACAUAUAGAAGAAUCCAUUUAUAAACCAACAAUUACUGAAAGAAUAGCCAUGGCUUGGAGUGAAUAUGUCUAUACAUAUAUUACAGAAUAUAAGGACUACAUAACAUGGAGCCUUAUAGUAGCUGCAAUGGUUACUGCGACAUGUUGGUUAUGGCAUUAUGUGUCAUACAAGCACAUGUUAAUAUUUUUGGGAGUAGCACUAUAUUUAUAUGAAGUCUUUAUUUCAUAUAAAGAAGCUGAAAAGGAAGAAGUUAACCGAUUUAUAUCAGGCCUUAACUCAUGCAAGUGGCAAUUUUGGACAUCAGAAUGUGUUGUGUCUCCACCAGACCCAAUAGUUAUGUUAAAACAUAUGAACCCUUUGAAGAUAGCUGCAAGGAUGUUCACAACUAUUAUAUCAGAGCCUAUGAUCACAAUCAGUGCUACCGUUAAUACUAUAGUCUUAAGUAUUACAGAUGAUCUAAUGUAUCCAUUGAACAAGAUUGCACAAGUAGUUUUAGUAUUAAUAUUCAAUGCUAUGCUCAUAAUGUUGCUCGUUAGUAUUGUAUUCAACUUCAUACUAAAUAUUCCGUUUCAAUUAAAUUUAUUCUACAUACUAAGUAUUGCCUUAAAACAGCGAAAUGUACCUCCAAGGCAAACGGAACAGAUUCAAGGGGAUCGAAUCACAAAUAAAACCCUAAAUAGAUUUUUAGAUUUGUGCUCCAAAGCAUUGACUGUUAGUCAAAAUAAUCAAAAUUUGGCCAUUACUAAUCCUAGUCAAAGUCAAGUCGGUCAGGGUAUGAAAAGAUCGGCCAGCACUGGAAGGCUUCCUAGCAUUAAGUCUAGUUUAAAUCAGGAUUUGAUCAAAAGAAAGCAUGGUGGGAGUGGGGAUGCAUAAUAAAAUUAACAUUGUUUACAAAAGCCAAUAUUCAAACAUUUUUAGUCUAAGCCUGAGUAUUAUCAAGAAAAAAAUUGAAAUUUAACUCGAAGAUUGUUUACGUGAUAUUUUGAGUUUUCCGUAUAUUUUAGAAUAAUCUAUAACGUUGACUAGACUUGCUAUAAACACGAUCCAAAUAAAUAAACUAAAUAACAUAAAUACAAUGUAUAAAAUGGUGGAUGUGGUAAGAAUGAGAAAGGCGAUAAAUUAUUUUCGAACGGACUUCAAACAUGAGGUUAAUUGACCGGUAUGUAUGUGAUAUUAAUGAAUUGCAUAUUUGAGAUAGAUGACUUCUAAGCUCUAAGUUGUAUCGAUAUUAUUUAUUUUUAAGUAUAUUCUAAUUUAAAAACUUCAUCAAAAUCUGUUCAGUAGUUACUCAUGUUUUAGACGCCGUAAUGCCGUUAUAUGCACGUAAAUAAUGACCUAUAUUUAAAGUCUAUAUAUUUUUUUAAAUACGUUAAAUCUAGUCACCAGUUUAUAAAAGUAUUGCUUAAUUAGUACAUACUCGGGCAAGAAACUAAUCUAUGAAUUUAAUUAUGUAUUAUAUGUUCAGUAAAUGUGGAAAGGAACGCACACUGCUGCUGAAUGUGUCGCCAUAAAAAUCAUAUAAGCAAUUAACUAGAAUUUUUGUUACGUUUUUAAGUAUUUGUCACUAUGUAUAUUUAUGUAACUGUGAUAAAAAUUGUGAAUCUAAUGCAUAAUGAUAUUUUAAUAAAAAGCCUGA